AUGGUUGAAGAUAAGAAGUCUGACGACUACGCCAUCGAAAUGAGCAAGUUGGAUAACAACAAGGAAUUCGAGGCCGCGCCUCCACCACAACUUCGGCCUGCUCCCCCUAGUGGAGGAGCAAAUAAUCCUGCUCUUCCUGUUCUAGCAUACUGUGGUUCAUCUAUCAUGAUGACUGUUAUGAACAAAUAUGUCCUGUCAGGAUUGGACUUCAAUUUGAACUUCCUGCUCCUUAUGGUCCAGUCUCUGGUCUGUAUAGCAGCUAUCCAAACUUGCAAAUCCAUGGGUCUCAUUACCUACCGCGACUUUAGUGCUGACGAGGCCAAGAAGUGGUUCCCCAUUACUUUGUUGCUUAUUGGUAUGAUCUAUACCGGCUCCAAGGCCCUCCAGUUCCUCUCCAUCCCAGUCUACACUAUCUUCAAGAACUUGACCAUCAUUCUUAUCGCCUAUGGUGAGGUUCUGUGGUUCGGUGGCUCUGUCACCCGCAUGACCCUGUUUUCUUUCGGGUUGAUGGUUCUAAGCUCCAUAAUUGCCGCCUGGGCCGAUAUCAAGCACGCUGUCGAGAGCAGCGGUGACGCCUCAGGCAAGGUCUCAACCCUGAAUGCAGGCUACAUCUGGAUGUUGGUCAACUGCCUGUGCACUUCGUCUUAUGUGCUGGGUAUGCGCAAGCGAAUCAAGUUGACUAACUUCAAAGACUUUGACACCAUGUUCUACAACAACCUGCUGUCUGUUCCUAUUCUCAUCGUCGCUACCUUCUUGGUUGAGGACUGGUCAUCCGCUAACCUGGCCCGCAAUUUCCCCGAAUCCAACCGCAAUGGAAUUUACAUCGCCAUGAUUCUGUCUGGUCUAUCUUCCGUCUUCAUCUCGUACACCUCCGCCUGGUGUGUGCGUGUCACCUCUUCCACCACAUACUCUAUGGUUGGCGCUCUCAACAAGCUCCCCAUCGCUGUGUCCGGUCUUGUCUUCUUCGAUGCCCCUGUCACCUUCCCCAGUGUGUCUGCCAUCGCUGUCGGUUUCGUCAGUGGCCUUGUGUAUGCUGUCGCCAAGAUCAAGCAGAACGCCAAGCCUAGGACUGGUGUCCUUCCCACCUCCAACCCUCUGGUCAGCGCCAGCAGCCAGAGCAUGCGCGACUCCCUGCGCUCUUGA